AGUUCUCCUGAUUGACCAAUAAAGAACGGGCACGAUUAAAAACACUUUAGCGCCAGGUUACGGUUGGACGUGAAGUCAUGUUGAUCUUAAGAUUCAUUCUUUUGUAUUUGCCUUUCUGUUUAUUGAUAUGUAAGGCUGAUGAUGCUGCUACAGCACCUGAAGUCGAAAACAAGAAACCGUCAUUCAAGAAUCCAAAUAUCCCCAAAAAUGCUUACCUUGCACUGUUCUUUAACUCACCAUCAGAUAUUACUGAGAAACUUGUAGUCUCUCAGGCACGCAAAGAUGGUAUAGAUGACUCAAUUGCGAAGUAUGAUGGUGUUUGGUCUGUUGAAGUGCCAUAUACCAGUGCGAUAGAAAAUGAUCAUGCACUGGUUCUCAAAUCCAAGGCAAAACAUCAUGCUGUUUCGACAAAACUGUUCAGGCCAAUAAAGUUUGACACCAAUGAGCUUGUUAUCCAGUAUGAUGUCAAGUUCCAAGAUGGGAUCGAUUGUGGUGGCGCCUACAUAAAGUUGUUGAGUGCUUCACCAAAUUUGGACCUGGUAAGUUCUUAAAGCUUUGUUAACUUCGUUAAGAAACAAUUUAACGACAAAACUCCGUAUACAAUUAUGUUCGGUCCCGACAAAUGUGGACUAGAGAACAAAUUCCACUUUAUUUUCCGGCACAAAAAUCCCAAGACUGGUGUGUAUGAGGAAAAGCACGCUAAAAAGGUUGUUCCAGAACUGGAGUCAUACUUUUCAGACAAGAAGACACACCUUUACACAUUAGUUUUACGUUCGGAUAACUCAUUUGAGCGGUACAUCGACCAGAUUAAGGUUCAAAGUGGCAGCCUACUUGAAGAUUUUGAUCCUCCAGUUAAUCCUCCCAAAGAAAUUGAUGAUCCUGACGAUAAAAAACCAAGUGAUUGGGAUGAAAGAGAAAAGAUUGUCGAUACAAAUGCCAAGAAGCCGGAUGACUGGGAUGAAGAUGCUCCCGCAACUAUCGAAGAUGAAAGUGCCGUGAAACCAUCCGGGUGGCUUGAUGAUGAACCAGAGAUGAUUCCAGAUCCUGCUGCAGUACCUCCAAAAGACUGGGAUCGUGAAAUGGACGGUGAAUGGGUUGCACCACAAAUAAAUAAUCCUAAAUGCGCUAGUGCACCUGGGUGCGGUAAAUGGCAACGACCAAUUAUACCAAAUCCAAAAUACAAGGGCAAAUGGUCUGCUCCAAUGAUUCCUAAUCCAAAUUAUAAGGGUAUUUGGACACCAAGGAAAAUUCCAAACCCUCACUAUUUUGAAGAAAAGAAUCCAUUCAAGAGCUUAGCUGAAGUGAACGCAAUAGGUCUAGAAUUAUGGUCCAUGACUGACGGCAUUACUUUUGACAACUUCCUGAUUGUUGAUUCAAAGCGCGCGGCUGAUGAAUUUGCUCAAGAAACAUGGACAAUUAAAAAGGAAGCUGAAAGAUUAGCCGAUCCGAAAGCACAAAGUGUUGUGGAUGCUAUACGAGAAACCUAUAAUGAGAAACCUUGGCUUAUCUUUGUAGUUGGCCUUGUUUGUACAUUACCCAUUCUUUUAUGCUGUAUCUACAUGUGCCGGUCACCAUCCAAACAACAUGAUAUUGGUAUGCGCAAGAAGACGGAUACAUCCACGCCAGACAACUCUCAUGUACAUGUUAGUGAAAGAAAUGCAGAAACCGAAGAAUUAGAAGAAUCUGGCGAAGAAGAUAUUGUCCAAGUUUCUAAAGGCUCCGGUGAUGAAUCAACCGCAAAUAAAACAGGAAGCAGCAGAGAUAACUCCGGAGAGGAAACUCCUGAUGAAUCUGGAGAAACCGAGAAAGCGGCUGCAAAACAGUCUAUUAGAAAACGACGUUCACGAAAGGAAUAAAUUUACUCCCUUGGAUUUCAUUCCUGAAACACGUGUUCGUAUAGCUUAUUUAAUCCUAAACCUUACAAGCAUGUUUUCUUUGGAUUGGUGAGAUAUAAUCGUAAUUAUCAUCUCUCCCGUUAUGUUAUUUGUUACUGUAGUUUUGUGUCUCUUAUGGAGACGGUUUAUGUCUGUUUAUCUACUUACUGUAUCAUUCACUCUUCGAUCUAUGUAGAUGUUGAAUUGGCAUUACAUUUUGUUUCCAUUUUAUAGUUUUAAAAAUCUUGUUUCUUAUUGUCAUUUCGUUUCAACCCAGUGUUUUUUGCUUACGAAUAUGUUUUACUUCAUUUUCAUUUGAAGUCGACGUUUGUGUUUUGCGAUCAAUAAUUUUCAUUUUGUGAAUAAAAUCAUUCUCUGC